CGCACGUUGGCAUAUGUUGAGAAAGUUGAGUAGUAGGCCUUUCACUUUAUCCUCUUUAAUAAAAUAUUCAACAAUGUCUUCAAAACAAGUUCUCGAAGAAAAAAUAAAAGAGCAAGGGGACCUCGUCAGGAAGCUGAAGGCGGCGAAAGAAAGCAAAGACAAAAUCACCGAGGAGGUAACCAAACUUCUCGAGUUGAAAGCCAAGUUAGGAGAAGAUGAUGAAAUUCGUGGCAACCAAAAAGUUACGCUUAAGACACCAAAGGGCACGAGGGAUUUCGGCCCGGAGCAAAUGGCCCUCAGGUUAAAUGUGUUGGAUAAAAUCGUGUCAGUAUUCAAGAAGCACGGGGCUGUGACCAUCGAUACCCCCAUAUUCGAACUGAAAGAGGUGCUAACAGGCAAGUACGGGGAAGAUUCGAAGCUUAUAUACGAUUUGAAAGACCAGGGCGGCGAAAUCCUCUCGCUGCGGUACGACCUUACAGUUCCUUUCGCUCGAUACCUCGCUAUGAACAAGAUUACCAAUAUCAAACGUUACCAUAUUGCAAAGGUUUACAGGAGAGACAACCCUUCGGUGACCCAAGGAAGGUACAGGGAAUUCUUCCAAUGCGAUUUCGAUAUAGCCGGCGCUUAUGACCCCAUGCUGCCCGACGCAGAAUGCAUAAAAAUCGUCUACGAAAUACUAUCGAGUUUAAACAUGUCCCCGUUCGUAAUCAAGCUGAAUCACCGGAAACUAUUGGACGGCAUUUUAGAAAUCUGCGGAGUACCAUCGAAUAACAUCAGAGCCAUCUGCUCGGCUGUAGAUAAAUUAGAUAAGACCCCUUGGGAAGAAGUGAGGAAGGAGAUGAUAGAAGAGAAAAACCUUCCGCCGGAAUCUGCGGAUAAAAUCGGAGAGUACGUCCGGCUGAAUGGCAAAACUGAAUUAAUAGAUAAAUUAAUGGCAGAUGAAGUUUUAAACAAAAACAAAAACGCUUUAGAAGGGCUAGAAGCGAUGAAAAUUUUAUUGAAUUACUGCGAAUUAUACGACACUAAAGACAAGGUUCUUUUCGAUCUAAGUUUAGCUAGAGGCCUCGAUUACUACACAGGGGUAAUUUACGAAGCGAUAUUGCAGAAAGACGCUUCGAUCAAAGGGGAAAUUUCUGUGGGAUCGGUAGCUGGAGGAGGAAGAUACGAUAACUUAGUAGGAAUAUUCGAUGCUAAAAACAAACAAGUUCCAUGCGUAGGCGUUUCUAUCGGAGUAGAAAGGCUCUUUACCAUUAUGGAAGCGAAGCAGGCACAGUCCGGUGCAAAACAACGAACCUCAGAGAUAGAAGUAUUUGUAGCAACGGCUCAGAAGAAUCUGCUAGAAGAGAGAAUGAAGCUGUGUAAUGAAUUGUGGAAGAAUGGUUUUAAAGUAGAACACUCUUACAAGAAGAAUCCGAAGCUUCUGGGACAGUUGCAGCACUGCGAAGAAAAUGGCAUUCCUAUUGCUCUUAUUCUAGGAGAGAGUGAACUUAAAAAUGGAGUUGUGAAAUUGAGAGAUGUUAACAGCAGACAAGAAAAUGAUGUACAAAGAACGAAUAUAGUUGAGGAGUUGAGAAAUAGAUUGCAGAAUGCUUGUUUAAAUGGAUCUGCUUAGUUCAAUUUAAUUUUCUAUUUAUUUUUAUUUAAAUGAAGCAAUUUAUUUAGAAUUAGUUGUCAAACCUGCACCACCUACGUUUUUGUAUUUUAUUAUACUAAUUAUUAAUACAUUUUUUUGUUUAAUUA